AUGUUUCUUAUGGGAUUAUUCCGCGCCUUGAUUUUACGCGGCCGACGUUUCGAGUCAUACUUGACUCGUUGUCGAGGAACUCAGUCAAGAAGCGUCGGUCACUUUUGUAAUAAAAUCUACAUGCUGAUCAAUACUGCGAGGAACAUGAGGUGUGUGCGAACCGACUCGUCAUAUUUGGCUGUGGUAUUGCCCUUCGGGACCGACGUCGACUUGUCUUUCAUAAUCGAGAUCGAGCUUCGAAUCCGCUGCAUUUCGUUGGGCUUGGCAGCAUGUCUAUUGGGUGACGACACGUGCUCGAGUAUGAUUCGAAACGUCGCAGAUUCCGCGUAUAAUAAGCUCAUCAUACAGCGUUAUCGCGCAAGAGAUUUCCGCCACCCUGAACAAGACUUGUCAGCCGAAAGUGGGAACGUGGAAGUAUGA